CGUGCUCGCCCACUCUUCCUUCUCUGUUCUUGUUUCCGCCAUUUAUCUCCUGACGAAGCUUAAGAGCUGAGUGACGAAGCCGUACGUGACAAAUGCUUACCGUAGUCUAGAGCGUACUUUGAGCUCGUAGUUCCGAGUCGAAGAACUGCUUUUUCCAAUUAUUUUCUUUUGGCGCGAACAAGAACGAUUUCUCGGCGGCGAUUGUGCUUGAGACUCGUUCGUCUACGUUGGUUAUGGCCUUAAUCUUUGAAAUGCUUUGUUUCGCUGCUGGUUCUUGUACUGGGUCGUCGCGAUGAUCACUCUGUGUUCGAUUAAAUGCGGCUGAGACUCAUCUGAAGGUCUAGAAGGUAGCGGGAGAUUGAUGAGCAUGAGCCAACUUCUGCAUCCGCUUGGAGCCACACUCUUCUUCAACAAUGCCCGUCAUCCUCGGAGCCGCAUAUUCAAAUCCGUUCCCCCCAUAUCAGGCACUUAUGUCGGCGGAAAUGCUGAAUUUUCUGGAUUCUUCGUUGGAGCUCAAUCAUCUCGGCAAGGUAAUUUACCGCCCGCAGGUUCUAACGAGACUUCUGCUAAACACAAGACUUAACUGCUGCUCCCUGUUGCUCGAUGUGUUUUUUCUGACAGACAAAAUAGAAGAGUUAGAAAUGACCCCCUUGGCAUUGUGAAGAAUAUAGGCUGCAUGACAGAACUAUCUUGAUAUUGAACAUGACCAGGACCCUUGCAUAAGAGGGAAACAGAAGUGUAAAAUUACUACUACCUUCUUGGCCUUUUUUUGGAAGCGAGGAGAAUCAGAUGCUCUCCCAUACAUACAAACACUUGGGAAGUUUCCGAAGGAGGAGCUUGAGGAUAAAGUAGUCAUGGUCAGAUUUGAUUCUUCCAUAUUGCUUCGGGAAGAACAGGACCAUACAGUUCAGUCAAUCUUAUAUGCACAUCUAACCAUUAAAUAUCUAUUGGAAGCCAGGGCUAGGAUCGUUCUAGUGAGUGAUUGGAGUGAUGGAAUCAAUUCAAGAUUUCCUGAUCUUCAGUCUGUUGCAGAGCACCUCUCACUAGUCCUCGGGGUCAAUGUUGUGCCAUCACAGUGCCUUUCUCAUUAUAGUCCACCUUCAGAAGCUCUUGAGAAGAUGAAGGUGCUACUUCUUGAGAACCUUUCUGAGUUUAAGGGGGAAGUUUGUAAUUCAUUAGAAUUUGCGGAGACUCUAUCAUCUGGGGUCGAUAUUUUCGUCAAUGACUCGUUUUCCCAGUCACAUAAAGUUCUUGCAUCCACUGUUGGCGUUACUAGCUUUUGCUAUUCCUCUAUUGCUGGGUUCCAAUUUGAGGAGAGCCUGAGAAAACUGAAGAAUGCUGUGGGAAGUGGCAAAAGGCCACAUAUAGCAAUUAUUGGAGGAACUAAUCUCUCCAACAAAGCAGCUGCAUUGUGCUCCUUGGCUUCUGUUUGUGAUGGGCUGGUCUUCGUGGGAAUGAUGUCUUUUCAGAUUAUGCAUGUGUUGGGUUUCUUAGUUCCUUUAAACCAAUUGGAAUUAGGGGCUACUAAAGAAGCUUCAGAGUUAGUCCAGGUUGCGCAAGAUAGGAACAUCCCUAUUUUAUAUCCAAAAGAUUUUUGGUGCCUGAAUGAAAAGGUUCCAAAUCAGUUGGAACUAUUUCCUGCUCACGCAAUUUCAAAAGGCUGGAUGCCUGUUGAUAUUGGACCCAGCACACUGGAUGAAAUAAAGGCCCUGCUUAAAAAGUCAAAGCAGAAAGCCACAUGGAUUGGUCCAGUGAAAUUCAAGUCACGCCAUGCAUCUGCAGUUGGAGCAAGUAAAUUGGCGUGUAUACUUAAUGCGUUAAGUCAAGGUGAUUGUGAUGUAACCAUUGUUGGCUCUGUGGCAUGCAAAACAAUGACAGAUGAGUCUAGCUCUAUCCCUGCUUUUUCUGUGAUUGAAAACGCUUCCAUAUGGUGGGAUUUCCUCAAAGGAAGAAAACUUCCUGGUGUCAUGGCAUUAGAUAGGGCAUACCCAUUCAAGAUUGAUUGGAAGUCUGUAUAUAGGGAACCUGCUCAACCUUUGGUAGUCGAUAUUGGAAGUGGUAACGGAGUAUUUUUGUUGGGAAUGGCUAAAAGGUGGAAGCAUCUUAAUUUUCUUGGUUUAGAGAUCAAUGAGAAGCUUGUGCGGCGCUGCUUAAUUGCUGUCCAUCAGUCAGACUUGACGAAUGGAUACUUCAUUGCAACCAAUGCAACGUCCACAUUUCGGUCAAUCGUGUCCUGUUAUCCUGGAGAAGUAAUUCUUGUGUCGAUACAGUGCCCAAACCCUGACUUUAACAAACCAGAACAUCGGUGGAGGAUGCUUCAAAAAUCAUUAGUUGAAGCAGUUGCUGAUCUCCUCAUCCCUAAUGGAAAGGUAUUUCUUCAAUCUGACAUUGAAGCGGUUGCUGUAAGGAUGAAAGAGCAAUUUCUGAGAUAUGGCAAGGGGAAGCUUUCAAUUUUGCAGGCACAAGAUACCACCAAAUAUAGAGGGUGGCUCGAGGAGAACCCGUUUGGAAUAAGAUCAGAUUGGGAACAGCAUGUUCUAGAUCGUGGGGCCCCUAUGUAUAGGCUGAUGCUCUUGAAAUCAAACAUUGUGCAUUAAAGAUGUGGGAUUGACUGCUAUACAGCUGCUGAGUGAGUUUGUCCAAGUGAAAGUGGUUUGAUUUCAGAGGCUAGUCUGCAAAGGAUGGAAUCUGGAGCAACGAGAAGGCACCCUCCCAUUACUGCAGUUUUCAUAUUCCAACCAAGCGAUGAAGCAUGAAAAUGUUUGCUAUGGAAAUGCCGUGAAAAUGGCAUUGUGCUCAAUCUCAAAAGAAUUGUUCAGAUCAUUGGAUUGGAGCCAUUGGGAUAGUGGCGAUUGAAAUGCAUUAUCAGCAAGGAUUUCUCGGAAGAAAUGCAUAUUUGCAGGGAUGGUAAUGCAUCAUCUUCUGGAAAUGGGAUUGAGCAGCCAAAGCAUGCAAGAGAAGAGGAUAGUUUUGGAAUCUGGGCAAAGAAAUCAGGGCGACUACUAAUAGUCAGCUGCGGUUAGUGGCUGUUUGGAAGGGUAGAACACUGGUUAAAGGCUGUCUAUCAUUCCACAUUUCUUGAUAUUCUUUCAUUGAUUUUUCACCCUCUGCCAUAAGUUGAGGCAGUUAAGCUGUAAUCGACCUUUUACUCAUUAUGGAUAGAACCUCUUAAAGUAGUACUUCAAGUGUUUAGAUUAUGCAACCAUUGUAAGUAUUCAAAAUGAACGGCUUCCUCUUUUAUCCUGCAGAUAAGAGUUUGUGAUUUUGACUUUUUCUUUCA